AUGGCUAAUGUUUAUUUUAGGUACCGCCUAGUACCAGAACACAGGUAUCCAGCAGCAUUUGACGAUUGCCUCAGCGCCACAACUCACUUUUUCAAGACGGCACAGGAACAUGGAGUGGACUCUUCAUUCAUUAUAAUAUGUGGAGAUAGCGCAGGGGGUAAUCUAGCGGCUGCCGUUUGCCAAGCCUUGGUGAGCAGGACAGACCUUCCAACGCCUCUGGCUCAGGUGCUGAUAAACCCAGUAGUCCAGAUGAUUGACUGCCAUUUGCCUUCAUACCAGCAAAAUGGCAUGGUCCCCCCAUUGCUCACAGAGAUCACUGUAUUCGGCACACUGCAGUAUCUAGGUUGUUUUUGCGAUGAUCUAUGUAAAGAAGUUAUGUGUGGCAGCCAUGUUCCUCCUGAAAUGAGAAUGAAACUCAGCAAAUUGCUGAGCAUUGAUAACAUUCCUGAGGAGUUUACGGCCAAAGGCUACAAACCCCACAAGAUGGCCGACUUUAAAAGUGAAGUCUAUGAAAAAGUCAAACGAGAUUUCGAACCUUACGUCUCUCCGCUGCUGGCUGAGGACUCUGUGAUUCGUCUUCUACCAAAAACGUACAUAUUAACAUGCGAGUUUGACGUUCUGCGGGAUGAAGGAUUACUCUAUAAGAGACGCCUGGAAGAGAACGGAAUCCCGGUCACAUGGUACCAUGUUAAAGAUGGAUCCCAUGGAGUCGUGAGCUUCUUUGAAGGACCUAACUGUUCUUCUGGAAAGCUGGCUCUAGAUAAUGUUAUUACUUUUAUAAAAAAUCUCUGAGUAAUUA